GUCGCCUCGUUUUGAUAACUGUCAAAUAUGGAGUCGACCAACUUCCUCCAGCCACUCUGACAUGAAUGUGAUGUUAAGUUUCCAAAAUUUAAGAAAUAGUCCACACCAGUUAUGGCAGAGAAUGUUGUGGUGCCAACAGAUAUAUUUCUUGCACCCAACGAAUAUGGCCAUUCUGCCCUAGAACAUGUUGAUCAACUUGAUUUCCUUAACGAUAGUGAUGGAGGUCUUCCCUUUUUUCACAGAGUUGAAUCUAGCGAAGUCGUUUAUCAGCCUCGUCGGAAGAAGGCGAAGAUGGUUGGAAAGUAUCUUGUUGGCGAUCUGUUAGGAGAGGGUUCAUAUGGAAAAGUUAAAGAAGUUAUAGACACUGUCACACUAUGCAGAAGGGCUGUCAAAAUUUUAAAGAAAAGGAAACUGAGAAAAAUUCCUAAUGGAGAACAGAAUGUUUUAAGGGAAAUUCAGCUUUUAAAGAGGCUUCACCAUAAACAUGUAGUAUUCCUGGAUGAUGUCAUCUUUAAUGAUGAAAAGCAAAAGAUGUAUAUUUUUAUGGAGUAUUGUGUUUGUGAACUUCAAGAAAUGUUAGAAAGUGCUGCAGAUAAAAAGUUCCCAAUCUUUCAGGCUCAUUAUUAUUUUAAGCAGUUGGUAGAAGGAUUAAUAUUUUUACACAGUCGAGGUAUAGUCCAUAAAGAUAUCAAACCGGGUAAUCUGUUACUAGCCAGAGAUGAGACAUUAAAAAUCACAGAUUUUGGUGUGGCUGAGGAGAUUGCUUUACAUGCGUUUGAUGACACAUGUCACACAAGUCAAGGUUCACCAGCAUUCCAGCCACCAGAAAUAGCCAAUGGGGAGGACAGUUUUCCAGGGUUCAAAGUUGAUGUUUGGUCCAGUGGUGUUACAUUAUAUAACAUGACCACUGGAAAGUAUCCAUAUGAUGGAGAUAAUAUAUAUAAGUUAUUCAACAAUAUAAGUAAAGGAGUUUACACAAUACCUGAUUCCAUAGACAGUGUUCUUACUAAUUUACUGCAUGGUAUGUUGGCAUUUACACCAGACAAGAGGAUGACUAUUGAACAAGUACAGCUACAUGAUUGGGUGAGGAAGAGACACCCAAGAAGUUUAGAUUAUGUGAAGUUUCCUCCUACUAAGGAGGGUUUAGACAAACACCAUAGUAUGUCAGUUAUGCAGUACUUAGAUGAUUUACAUUGUCCAGAGGAGGAGGAAGAAUGUGAUGAGUAUGAAGAUGAAUUUCAUAUACAGCAAAACAAUGGAAAAAAGCCACAAAAUGAUGUUGAUGAUACGCCCAUUCCAGAUCCAAAACACAAGAAACGGAAGACAAAAGGUGGACUUCUUAGUUCGUGUAAACAAUCAUAGUAUUCCAAUUAAUGUCAUUUGUAUGUUGUGAGUGCGUGAGUAAGUCAUGUGAUUAUUGUAUGGUGUAUGAGAUGUGAGAUUUUAUGUUGAUGGGAACCAAGUACAGUAAAAUCUGUUUAUUUUAUCCUCUUUUCUUAUAAAAUCUGAUACAGAAGGAAGGAGGAAUUAUUGUGUUUUGAUAAAAAUGAAUAGGUGAUUUAUCAUCUAGAACCACAGCCUUUGUUGACAUAAGAGGAGCUAAAACAGUGUAUUAAUGAUUGUAAAUUUGAGAGAUAUUGAUUUGAUUUCAUAAUUGGUUUGAUUUCAUAAUUGGUUUGAUUUCAUAAUGGAUUUGCUGGAAAGAGCUCUAAUCCAUUGUUGGCAGGCUGGGCAUACAAACAAUGUUGUGUUUCCAAUAACAUGACUAACCCCUAUUUUAUCGUUGCUGAAUGUAAAACUAAAACUUCAAUUUUUAUAGAAUGAUCUUGACUGUUUAGAGGUUGAAAUAGAUUGCACAAUUCUGUCUGUUACAACUUUCCAGAAUUUAUCUGGAAACACGUACUUUUGGUUGUUCACUUGUUUUAACGGGGCCUGUGAGAGAUUUUUCCAUCACUAAACAUUGGUUUUCCUUCUGUUUGUUAUCUGUUUUCUUUUUUAAUAUUUAUAUCCCUUGUAACAAAAGAAUAUAGUCAAAUUCAGAUUAACUUCAGUGUCAGUCUCCAAAUUAUUUUAAGUAUGAAAUCUCUGUGUGAUCAGCGGUGUCUUAUUGGACAUAGUGUAAGCUAUUGGGUGUUUUUGCGGGUAAUUUAAGAAUUUAUUUUUAUUCUAGCUUGCUCUUUAUAUAAAAAAAAAGAUUUGGACGAAUCUAGUUUCAUUCAAAGGACUCUGUUCUGCUCCAUUUUUAGCCUUACUAGCUAGUUUUGACCUGCAUUUGGUAUAUAUCUGUGCCAUCCUAAUAGAUAAUCCCUGACCUAUUUUAUGUUGCUCAUAAGGUUUUGGUUUUGUUUGCAUUAAUAUAUUACAAGUAAAAAAUAGAGAACAAAUUGUCAUAUUAUCCCAUAUAAUGGACUUACUGACUAUUUACUUAUUAUGAUGAUGGGGAAAAGACACUAAAUAUGCUAUUUUGAAAUUACAGCAUUGACUCCUUCGAUAUUUUUACAGAGCCUCUAUUUGGUAUAUGCAUGAAACAGAUUUAAUUUGUAUUGUGUUUGCAUUAAUUGAAAUUAUACUUGUUGAUCGAAAUGUUUGCAUUAAUUGAAAUAAUACUUGUUGAUAGAAAUGUAAGUAAGACUGUUCCUUCAAGGUGCUAACAUGGUAUAUGUCAAACAUCACAUGUGUCAUUGUAAUACAUGUAGUACGCAUUUGUAAUACAUGACAUGUUUAUAGUUCCCAAAUGAUAUUGUUAGUUUCAGUUUAAACUCUUGUUCUUUAAAACUCAAGGGACCAUUAAAAUUUGAUGACUUAGUGCUACAUAUACAUUAUUCUCCUCACAGAUGUGUAGUAUAUCAAAUAGUUUGAAAUAGUUAAAUGAGAAAUUGGAUAUUAAGGUACAAUCAUGUUAUGUAACUCUAUGUAAUGAAUAAAAGAUGCCUCAUUGCAUCUUUUAAAAUAGUUCCUUGCUUUCAACCUAAACUGAUUUUUGCAUGCAUAUAAAAGUAACAUUUUAUUACCAUGUAAUUGAAAAUACGUAUGAGAAGAUCAUUUAAGCUGGUUGAUUCACAAGUUUCAUUGAAUUUAUAAGAUGGUGGUUCACAAGUUUCAUUGAAUUUAUAAGAUGUUGGUUCACAAGUACAUAUGAAGAUCAUAAAUCACUGAUUCAUUAGGAAUUUUAACCAAUUAUAAAGGGGUGGUGUCUCUCUGAGGUUUUAUUUAUAAUAGACUUAUGAAUGGGUUGCUUUGUAAAUGGGUUCUGCAUUAUUUUUAUUACCUUAUUUUUCAAGAUUUGAAUAGAAGCCAAAGAUGUAAAGUAUCAUGCUAUAAUAUAUUCCAAUGAUAAAUUUCACCUCUAAAAAGUCCUCUCCAAUUUUUAAGCAUUUUUUAAAAAUAUUGCAGCAAACCAGUGAAACCUCAUAGAAAAUGUGAGUAAAUUGCAUUUAGUUGUUACAAUCUUAAUGACUUGUUAAACAAUGUUUUUUUUCCAUUGUCUGUUCUUCGCUAUGUUCUCUUUGUUGAAAUUCUGUGGAUAGGUCUAAUCUCAAGAAAUUCCAUGUAAUGUUUCAAUGAUAUUUUUUAUUCUCCCUCUCAAUCAUUAUUAAAGUUGUCCCUCAUAAAAAUACUUCUACAUGUAGAUCAUUACAAGUGACAUAUAUUUUAUACUUGUACUCAUUGUGGUAUAUCAGUGAUGCUUCACACCUACAAUUUUUAAUACAUGUAUAACACCUUUUAAAAUAUUUUGAAUAAAUAUGAACUUCAUUUUAUGCUCUGGUGACUUAAACUUUGCAUUUAAGUUAUAUUUCAUCAGGCAAAUUGUUGUAUAUUUAUGCAUGACAAUUUCCAUCAGAUAUAAGGAGCAUUUGAUAAACAGAGGCAUCAGGCAAAUUGUGGUUUUAUUUCGAAAUGACAGUCCUCUGUCGAGUUCAUCAAACGCACCUUGUAUAAGGAAAUUCAGGAUCAAUAAUUUCUCACAGAAAAUUCAACAUGUAUUUAUUUCAUUAGAAUUUCCACAGAUAAGAAUUAGCAUUAAAAAAUGUAUGUUUUUAUUUUAGUUCAGCAGUCAUUAUUUUCAUACUGUCAUUUUUUAAAACUAAAUCAUUUUAUUUCUACCAACAGUUAUUCUUUUGUAUAUUUUGACUUCAUCAAAUAUCACAAUUAAUCAGAAUCAACUUAUUUAUUAAUAAUACAUUGAGUUUCAGGAGGUAAAUUUAGAGCAAGUAUGUACUUUUAUCAAAUAUGCAUUCAUAAAAUUAGAACUAACUUAUUCUAGAAAAUGAUCCAAAAAAAAAAUCAACAAUAGGUUAAACAAUAUAAGUGAAAGCUCAUCAGGAAAAAUAUAUAUAUAAAAAAAUAAAAUUUUGAGCGUAAUUUAUAAACAUUAGUAGUUUUAUUUCCAAUACUUGUUCACUGAGGUUGUUUCAGAUUACAAAAUUACAAAUAUCCAGCAUAGAAUUAUUACAUACAUAAACCAGUUUUAACUGUACAGAAUAAAAGUCUUCGACAUCGUAGAUCAUUGUAAAAAGUUUUAUAAUAUGUAACUUUGUAUGCUUCAAAAUAAGUACCCUGCAUUUGUCUGUCAACAAUAUAUAGCUUAAGUUCUAAGGAACUUCUUGUUGUGUCAGUAUUAACAUUUGUGUUUUUCAUAGAUAUGAAAAAUGUAUAAAACAUUUUAACUAUCCGGUUUAUUUUCCAUUUACAAGCCAUGUUUUAAGUGCUAUAAAAAUUCAUAAUUUGUUCAUCUUUCAUUGAUUUAUAUUCAAUUAUUAAGAAAAUAUUUGCUGAGGGCAUUGAUUCAGAUAAUAAAGUUUUCACUGUAUUAUAAGAUAUUUCAGAUUUUACUGUAUUCAAUAUUCCAGCAUGUACUGAUUGUUGUUGGUACAGGUGAAAUGAGUCCUGUAUAAUUUUGUUAGAUUAAAUAUUGUUAUUUUGCCUCUAUAUUAUUUUAAUAAAUUCUAUUCAUUUUAUGAAA